GCACGCUGCGUAACGCGUAUUCUUCGGAGUGAUUUUCCGUUGCUUUCACGGUUUUUUUUUUGUCACUUUUGGUUUCGAGCUGCUUCGCUUUGCGCAAAUGUUGUGUCUUCACUUCCACUGCCCACGUCACAUUUAGUAAUUUAAAUUAUGAGUUUCGCUUCUUUAACGAGAAGGAUAGUAUUCAUGCUGCUAAAUACAAUAAGAAAUGCACACACACACAUUUCAGUAUAACAUUUCAAACAAUUAUAUAUGAAAGCAUUGCAUCGAUUCUAUAUGAAAGCAUUGCAUCGAUUCUAUAUGAAAGCAUUGCAUUGAUUCUAUAUGAAAUUAGUGCAGUACCCGAAAUCUACCCCUCUCCGCGUCGCUUCUCCUCCAAGCCGAUAGGCGGGUUCCUCUCUUCUUUCGCAGUGCCCGACCCAGCCUGUAUGACCCCGGUAAUAAACAGCAGCACACGCCCGCACACAAGCUGUCCCUCCCCCUGCUAAUCGAAACCGAGCAGCAGUUACCUCUGCAGCGCAUCCCGAUGAGGGAGCUUCGCCCCGGCUGAUUUCGGGAGAUGGGAAUACUCAGCAUAACUGACCAGCCGCCGCUGGUGCAGGCAAUAUUUAACCGCGACGCAGAAGAGGUCCGAUUGCUGCUGCUGCACAAGAAGGAAGAUGUCAAUGCACUGGACCAAGAGAGACGUACCCCUCUGCAUGCUGCUGCUUUUUUAGGGGAUGUUCAGAUAAUGGACCUCCUCAUAAAUUCAGGUGCUAGUGUCAAUGCGAAGGACCACGUUUGGUUCACUCCUCUUCAUCGCGCUGUUGCCUCUCGGAAUGACAAGGCAGUGGCUCUGUUGCUGAAGAAGUCCGCGGAGGUGAACGCCCGGGACAAGUUCUGGCAGACGCCGCUGCACGUUGCAGCGGCCAACCGGGCCACCAAGUGUGCCGAGGCGGUGAUCCCUCUGCUGAGCAGCGUGAACGUGGCCGACCGCACUGGCAGGACCGCGCUGCACCACGCGGCUCACAGUGGCCACAUCGAGAUGGUGAAUUUGCUGCUGAAUAAAGGGGCCAACCUGGGGGCGUGUGACAAGAAGGACCGGCAGCCCAUUCACUGGGCAGCUUUCUUAGGGCAUUUGGAGGUGGUGAAGCUGCUGGUGUCUCGCAGCGCUGACGCGAUGUGCAAAGACAAGCGAGGCUACACCCCCCUGCACGCUGCAGCCUCCAACGGGCAGAUCGAGGUGGUCAAGUACCUGCUGAGACUGGGGGCCGAGAUGGACGAGCCGAACGUCUUUGGGAACACGGCGCUGCACAUCGCCUGCUACACUGGGCAGGAGGCGGUGGCCAACGAGCUGGUGAACCACGGCGCCAACGUGAACCAGCCCAACGAGCGCGGCUGCUCCCCCCUGCACUUUGCCGCCGUCUCCACCAAUGGGGCGCUGUGCCUGGAGCUGCUGGUGAACAACGGGGCUGACGUCAGCAUGCAGAAUAAAGAAGGGAAGAGCCCCUUGCACAUGGCGGCCAUUCACGGGCGCUUCACUCGAUCCCAAAUCCUGAUCCAGAACGGCGGGGAGAUCGACUGUGUGGAUAAAUAUGGCAAUACCCCUCUUCAUAUUGCUGCUAAAUAUGGCCAUGAACUGCUUAUCAGCACCCUGAUGACUAACGGUGCUGACACAGCGAGGCGUGGGAUUCAAGGGAUGUUCCCUCUACACUUGGCUGUGCUGUACGGGUUUUCAGACUGCUGUCGCAAGCUGCUGUCCUCAGGUCAGUUAUACAGCAUCGUCUCGUCUCUCAGUAACGAGCAUGUGCUGUCUGCUGGAUUCGAGAUCAACACGCCUGACAACCUCGGCAGGACCUGCCUGCAUGCGGCUGCGUUCGGAGGAAAUGUUGAAUGUCUUAACUUGCUGUUGAGCAGUGGCGCUGACUUGAAAAAGAAGGAUAAACUCGGACGGACCCCUUUGCACUACGCGGCUGCUAACGGCAGCUACCAGUGUACGGUGACCCUGGCGAACGCGGGCGCCGGUAUUAACGAAACUGACGAUAAAGACUGCGCCCCCCUGCACUACACUGCUGCUUGUAACGUGUACCGGAGGGUCGACAGACAUUGCUCCAGUAGCCAUGAGAACGACGAGGAGAUGGUGAAAGAAUCGAGGCAGAAGGAGAAUUUUUUCUGCCUGGAGUAUUUGCUGGAUAACGGUGCAGACCCCUCCCUUCGUGACAAGCAGGGCUACAGUGCGGUUCACUAUGCAGCUGCUUACGGCAACAAGCAAAACCUUGAACUGCUCUUGGAAAUGUCUUUCAACUGCCUGGAGGAAGUGGAGAGCUUUGUUCCUGUUAGUCCUUUGCACUUAGCUGCCUGUAAUGGUCACUGUGAAGCCCUGCGCGUGCUGUCGGAGACGCUGGUGAAUCUGGACGUGCGCGACGCGGUCGGCCGCACUGCGCUCUACCUCGCUGCGGAGAGGGGCCACGCCGACUGUGUGGAGGUGCUGGUCUGCCACGGGGCCUCCUGCCUCCUCAAAGAGAGACGCCACAAGUGGACUCCUCUGCACGUGGCAGCUGCUCGGGGCUACACUGACUGCCUGCACGUGCUGAUUGACAGCGGGGAGAAGGCUGACAUUGACAUCAUGGACUCGCAGGGACAGACCCCGCUCAUGCUGGCUGUGCUAGGCAGCCACCCAGAGUGCGUUCACCUGCUGCUGGAGAGAGGAGCCACGGCCGACACAGGAGACAAGAGGGGCAGGACCGCCCUGCACCGGGGGGCUGUGAUGGGCUGUGAGGACUGUGUCUCCGCUCUCCUGGAUCACGAUGCCUUCGCUCUGUGCCGGGAUUUUAAGGGCCGCACUCCACUGCACUUCGGGGCUGCCUGCGGCCAUGUCAGCCUGCUGAGGACCCUGCUGCAGGCUGCCUUCAACACCGACCCCCUGGACUCCCUACUGGACUACAGAGGCUACACCCCCGCGCACUGGGCAGCCUGCCAUGGGCACGAAGACUGUUUGGAAGUUUUACUUGAACACAAACCAUUUAGUAUUGAAGAGGGAAACCCUUUCACCCCGUUGCACUGUGCUGUAAUAAAUGGUUAUGUCAGUGCUGCUGAUAUGCUGGUGGAGUCGAUUGGCACAGAGAUCGUAAACAUCAGAGAUGCCAAAGGAAGGACCCCUCUUCACGCUGCUGCGUUCGCAGAGAACCUGCCGGGCCUGCAGCUGCUGCUGAGUCACGGCGCAGAGGUGAACGCGGUCGACCAGGCGGGCCGCUCCGCCAUCAUGAUGGCAGCCGACUGCGGGCAGACUGCCAUCGUGGAUAUUUUGUUGAGUCACGCGAAGGCUGAUUUGACCCUGCUGGACGAGAACAAGAACACGGCUCUGCAUCUGGCCUGCAGCAAGGGACACGAGAUGUGUGCCUUGUUGAUACUGCGCGAGACUCAUGAAGCUGCCCUCAUCAAUGCAACCAACGCUGCACUACAAAUGCCGCUGCAUAUCGCAGCUCGCAAUGGGCUGGCUACAGUGGUGCAGGUGCUGUUAAGCCAAGGGGCCACCGUGCUGGCUGUCGACGAAGAGGGUCACACCCCAGCGCUGGCCUGCGCCCCCAAUAAGGAUGUUGCUGACUGCCUGGCUCUCAUCCUCUCCACCAUGAAGCCUUUUGCUCCCAAAGACGCGGUGGGGUCCCCCUUCGGGCUCAACCUGCUGAAGAACUGCGGCAUCACGGCCGCAUGCAGCCCCCUGCAGCCAAACAGCAACCUGCGACAGCGCGGCUACGGCAAAGAGUGCCGGCACGGAGCCAUCGGGCUGGACGGCUGCUUCACCGACUGAGCGAGCCCCGGUGAAAACGAAAUCAUUACAGCUAGGAUACAGGCGAACCUGCUUCUUUAAAACAAAACGCAAAAGAAAAGGUUGAACCAGAACACGCGCUUCACGCUGGGGGGGUCCUGACAGUGUUUGAUUUCUGUGUUUAUUUAUUUUGUCUCCUAAUGAAUCGCGGUCUUUUGAAAGCAGGUUCGACUGUACUCUUUUUAAAAGGGGAUGUGCACCAAACCCAAAUUCA